AUGAGCACUAAUAGUUUAGCAGAUGUAGCAAAUUUGACUACUAAAACUAUUUACAGAUUACUAUUAAAAAAUAUGAAAUAUUAUCCAUCUAAGAACAGAUUCUAAAUUAUGAUGGCUAUCAGAGAAGAAUUUAGAGAAAAUAAAUAGCUAACAGAUGAAAAAAAGAUUAAAAUUGAAAGAAAAAAGGCUAGAAUUGGCUUAGCUCACGUAUUAAUGUACAAAGAUAAAGGUUAAGAAUUUGUAGAAUCAUACAGAAUCAAAGAUGAUCCUUCAGAUCUCCAUUUCAAUCCUAGAGAUAAAGAUUUUAUUUAUUUCUGA